AUGGCGAUCUGUACUUAUAACGCACGUACGCUUGUAUCGGAAGCGGCCAUCGAAGAUCUGAUGAUGCAAGCCAAGAAGAUCAAGUACGACGUCAUCGAACUGACCGAGACGAGACGACGUCACCCUCUCAACGCCGUAUAUGAAACUGGAGAAGAACUGUUCUUAGGAACAUGCGACAGUAGAGGUGUUGGUGGAGUUGGCGUCCUCGUCAACACGAGUAUGGCAAAGAACAUCGACUCUUUCAAACAACUUACGACCCGAAUCGGACGUCUGCGGAUGAGAAGACGUGGUCCAACGCCAUCUUUAACUAUCUUCGUCGCUUACGCUCCAACAUCAAGCUACGAAGAAGAAGAAGUCGCAGCCUUCUAA